AUGUCAAGAUUGUAUGCAGACAUUAAAAAGCAAAUGGCCCAGGGGAAUGUCAUUGAUGUCAGAUCAAAAAAAUUGGGAAGGACUAGUCCAAAACCCAAAGAGUACUCUGAUGAAUGGUUGCAAUCUGUGCCAUUAUACAAAAGAACAACAGAGAGAAGCUAUGCAGGUGCACUGAAUGUUUCACAUUUAACAAUUCAUAGAUUAAGGAAGAAAGGAAGACUGGGGACACACACAAGCACAAACCAUCCUGCAUUGACAUCCAAUAAUAAGGUGGCAAGGUUGAAGUGGGUAUUAAGUCACAUAAACCCAAUUUCAACUCAAGGGGACCCAAAGUUUGUUGACAUGCAAGAAGUCAUUCACAUAGAUGAAAAAUGGUUCUACUUGAACCCUGAAACCAGAAAAUUCUACCUCCUUCCAAAAGAGGAAGAUCCUUACAGGUGUCAACAGAGUAAGAGGUUUAAGAUCAAGGCCAUGUUCAUGGAUAUGAUAGGGAAACCAAUAUAUGCAAGAGAUGGGACUCUUCUGCAUGAUGGAAAGUAUGGUAUCUUUCCAUUUGUGAUAAAACAGAUGGAAAAUAAAAAGAGCAAAAACAGAGAAGCUGGUACAUUGGAAACAAAGGAUGUACAGAAUGUCAACAAGGAUGCAAUCAGACAAAUGCUAAUGGAGCACAUCAUCCCAGCAAUACACCAACAAUGGCCAGAGACUGUCUCUAGAAAUGUGAAAAUUCAAUGGGAUAAUGCAAGGCCUCAUCAAAUCCCUAAAGAUGAAGAAUUUGUUGCUGCUUGUCAUGCUAAUGGUUUUAAUAUUGAAAUGGUUUAUCAACCAGCUCAAUCUCCUGACUUGAAUGUUUUAGACCUUGGGUUGUUCAAAGGAGGAAACAACUUCUCACCUCCUCAUAUGAAGAAGAAGAGGCUUGAGAAGUUAGGUGUACUACCUAAACACCUACAUGUUCCUAGGCAGUUGAUACAUGAUGCUGUCAAUUAUCUAGACACAAUGUUCAUCCCAACAACAAAUGGAGCAGAAGAAGAACUACACAUGGAAGUUGAUGCUGACUGA